CGUGAACAUAACUAUAAAUACAGUAAAGAAACAAAUUAAAAGUUCAAAAACAUCAGCAUAGGAAAGAAAAUCAAAUUUGAUCAUCAGAGAGGCGUCGAGAAGUUGCAGAGAUCUCUCUGCCUAAUAUUAUUCCACAGAUUUCAGAUUUCUUUACGGCGAAUGAAAAGAAGAUCCUCCUCCUAAUUGAAUCACUCUGAAAGGAUUUAUAUUGUACAAGUACAACACUAGUAAGUUAGAGACAUGGCUAUGGAAGUAGGUACGCUGUCAGAAAUACAUCAGAAUUCUAAGAGGUUGUUGAUGAGAGUAAGAGGUGAAUUAGAGAGGCUGGAACAGUUGGAGUUUUCAUCACCCAGCGGCAUCGAUUCUCCCGAGCUCUCCUUCUCUAUCAAAAGGGAUAUAUCUCAGAUCCGUUCUCUCUGUUUUGAGAUGGAUCAUCUUUGGAGAUCAAUUGCUUCAAAGACCGAGCGUGAUCUUUGGAAGAGAAAAGUUGAGCAGAUAGCUGAAGAGGCUGAUUCAUCGAAGGACAGCUUGGAUAAGCACUUCCUACGAAAUCAGAAACGGAUGACAGAAGCUAAGGUAAGGGCAGAGCUGCUAGAAAGAGCUAAUGGGGACUCUGCUCAUGUUAUGAGAAUCUUUGACGACGAUUCACGAGCGAUUCAAUCAGCUCGUAACUCAUCCUUGAUGCUUGAGGACGCUUAUUCCACUGGUGUGGCAAUUCUUUCUAAAUAUGCAGAACAGAGGGAUCGUUUGAAGAGGGCACAGCGGAAAGCAUUGGAUAUCCUUAACACAGUGGGACUGUCGAACUCGGUAUUGAAGCUUGUAGAGAGGCGGCAUCGCGUGGACAAAUGGAUUGCAUACACAGGAAUGAUAGUCACUGUCAUAAUUGUUUAUUUGUUUUCGCAGUGGGUACACUGAUCUAUUUAGUGAAUGCAAAAUCAAAUCAAUCGAGCAUGUGGAAAAUUGCUUCCAGUUUUGUGUCUAUGUAUCUCUGGAUCUGUUUCCACGUUUCUUGAUUGAAGGCAAGGCAAAGUUAUAUAUACCCUAUUUUAAUGUUGUACUUCCUAAGCUUACUGGGAUUCGCUGUGGAAAAAACCCACGGGGUGGAAACAUGGAGGAGAAGGAAAUGUGCCAUUAAAACAACAAAUUGGGCAUCAGAACUACACCUUGGCGAAGUGGAACUGGGCUUAGACAUGCAGUGAGGUUGGACAACCGCAUUUUUACCAACCCUUUCCCUUCCCAUAAUGGUACGGACUGGCAAGUGGCAAGUCUGUAGAUGCAAUAGCAGUUAAUGUUAGCAGUCUGGCAAGUUGCUAUCUUCCCGCGUAUUUUACAUUGAAGAGCCAAGACUCGCAACUAUGGAUCAUGCAGGGAGAGAAAAAGAACCGUCUCGUGACGCCUAAAAUACAUAUCUCCUCUGGCACCAUAGGUUUACAGGUAAAAUGUGUCGUUUUGUCUCGAGAUGUUGUCCCGCACCCUUCUAAGUCACCGUUCCGGGAUCUGGGUUACCAGCAAACGAAACGUGUUAUCAACGCGUGAAAUUCGUAGGACCAUUGGUUUGUAAGUCACCCUUCUAAGUCACUGUUGUAGUCCAUUGGUUUGUAAGUUGACUUUUUUCUUUUCUUUGGAAGAUAAUUUGUAGCUUAUCACGUUACUAUAUUCCCCUACAAUAAUUAUAAUUAGAUUAGAUAUAAAGUUUGUUUUUCUUGA